CUCUCCCCGGAAAGGCGUAGCCGAUCUACGGUACUGAAGCUUCCCCAAAAUCUCAUCUCGGCAAUGGCCCCCGCCGCCGGCACCGACGCCGCGAAGCUCUCCGUACCCGGCGCCGCCCUCGCGGCGCUGCUCGCCUGCUGUGGCUACGCCGACGGCGACUGCGACGGGCUCCUCUUCGGCUACACCGCCCGCGCCCCCGUGCCUCCCCCUUCCUUCUACGACGACGACGACGACCAGGCCCGCGCUUCCUCCGGCCCUUCCCUCUCCAUCUCCGUCGCAGGGCACGCCUCGGUCGCGCAGCCUUCCUCCCUCGCCGAUCCGCUCGGCCGCUUCAGGUCCCACUUCCCUGACCCCUCCGCGGCCAUCGGCUUCUUCUCCUCCCGCCGCCGCUCGCCUCUCCGCCCCUCCAUGCGCGAGGCCGCCCUCGCUCGCUCCCUCUCGAAGACCCUUGUGGUGGACCACCCCCUCGUCUUCCUCCUUGUGACGCCCUCCUCCUCCUCCGGCCUCUCCGUUCACUCGUUCGACUACCGUGCGUUCCUCCUCGUUGACUCCCGCCUUGUGCCGGCCUCCCUCAACGUCGUCAACGCCGGCCCCGGAUUCCGGGAGCAGUACCACGCCUUCGCGCCGGAGUCCCCAUUGCCGUCGCUGCCACAGCAGCCUGUAAAGCAGGGCUACAGCAUUGGUGAGCAGAAGGCGCUCGAUGGAAUGGUGGAAGGGUUUGGGCUGGAGAGGGUAGGGGCGAUUGUGACCUCAGCCUCUGGGCUAACCUCCGAAAUGGAGGAGAUGUACGGUGGGAUGCUAAGGAAGCUGGAGGGGCUCGCCCGGCAGGUUGAGCAGAGCAAUGAACGCGUGCUCAAUCAGUCAGGAUCUAUCCGCGUCAGGAUAGAAGAACUGAUGGAACAUUUUGGAUAGGAGAAUUCUGUCAUCAUGGACAGCGGGGAUAUGAAAUAUUUCAAGAUGGAAAGGCCAAAUUAGUUUCCAAAGAAUUUAUUUCUGCUUAGCCCAGUAGCAUCGCCUCUUGAAAUCAAUUUCCUUUCUGGAUGUAUGACACUUCAGUAAUUUCUUAAUCUGCAAUGUGGCAUUGCCCGCUUCAAUAAAAUUAUCAAAAUAGGAUUUAGCCAGGAUAUGCUGGGAGUUCCUGAGGCUGAGAUGAAGUGGUGAAUGAAGAGGUGGAGCAGGGCCUGAAACAGCUAUGCAGGAUCCAGGUGGCUAAGGAGGUUUUAAUAAUUAACAAGGCAUUCACCAAACAUCAAGCAUUCUUUUAUAAUGCCUAUUUCGGACAUAGUGAUGUGCCGUGCCAUUGUGUUUUAACUACAACCAUGAUGAUUUGAGUUGUCAUAAGUCAAAACAAGAUGGUGAGCUCUUUAACUGGAUUACUAUGGGGAUUUAUGAGACAAGAAAUUGCAUAGUCCAAAACCAAUUUUGAGUGCAACAUGUACAAUCCACACUCUUUACCAAAAUCAUGUAUAAACAUGAAUUUUGUGAUUUUGUAAUCAAACUAGUGCCCUUUUUUACUUGUUUGUUGAUAGACUGAUUGUUGAGAGAGAUUCAUCCAUAUCAUGAAACAAUACCAGUUCUGAUUGCCAGGAGCUCAGGAGUAUGGCUGAACAAGUUAGGUGAUUUAGAUCCAUAUGAGAUUGAGUGCUGCCAGCAGCGGAUUCAGCG